CCUCCACACCAGCAGGUGACGCUGUACCACAGAAUACCAGUAAUUGUUUAAUGCAACACAAAAAAGGCUUGUUGCUGUUGCUAGCUGGUUGCUAGCCUUCAGUCUAGCAGGUGCUUUUAUAAACAAUGGAUCAGAAAAUUCCUUAUGAUGACUACCAGCUCCCAGUGGUAUUCCUGCCUUCUUAUGAAAACCCACCAGCAUGGAUACCCACACAGGAGCGGGUUCAACACCCUGACUACAACAAUGAGCUCACCCAGUUCCUGCCUCGUACUGUCGUAUUAAAGAAACCUCCCGGAGCACAGCUGGGCUUCAACAUCCGAGGGGGCAAGGCUUCACAGCUUGGCAUCUUCAUUUCCAAGGUGGUCCCAGACUCAGAUGCCCACAGAGCAGGACUACAAGAGGGAGACCAGGUUCUGUCUGUGAAUGAGGUGGAUUUCCAAGACAUAGAGCACUCAAGAGCUGUAGAGAUUCUGAAGACUGCGCGAGAGAUACUGAUGAGGGUUCGCUUCUUUCCUUACAACUACCAAAGGCAGAAGGAGAGGACUGUACAUUAGGUGGCAGUAAAGAGAGAGAGUUGUACAGUUGCGUCACCACACGUCACUACCCUCCUCCCACAGACUCUGGCCGUCUCAGCGUCAAGAUGUAUGACUAACUCCCUCACUCACAGUCCUCACUGUAAGGACAGCAUCUACUCUGUUUCCUCCCAUCUACUGUGAUCCAGGAUGAUUUCCAUUCCAUCAGGGUGUGUUCACAGGAAGUGAAGCAAGUUUUAGUUCAACCGACAUUUCACAUAACAAAUUAUGUAUAAUAUUUUCCGGUCAAGCAUAGCAUUUAUAGACCAUCUAUAGUUUGGUUAUCUUUCUCCUCCAUCCAUAUAAUCAGGUGUUUUUUACUGUAGCUUUUGACAUACCUCUUGAUCAAGUAGAGUAGCAUUUGUGUUUACUGAACACAUUUGCAUUGGUCACGCUUGUAUAAGGUAGAAAUGCAUAUACACUCAGUUGCUUUAUCAUGUACAGAUAGCUACAAUUAAUGCAGUCCUAUACAUAAACUUGCUGAUAAGUGUCUUCAUGAAAAGUGUUUUUGUUUAAGCCAUUUCUUAAGAAUCUCUCAAACGAGUUUGUGGAGCUUUCAAAAUAAUGUCAUGCUCAGUCAGCAUCAUGUUUCUCACUGGAAAACUGAGUGUAGAUCUAGAAAAUUACAUAACUUGGAUUUUAGUAUGCACUGACACAUGGAACAAAGACAGCAGGGCCUUACGUGUUGUAAGAGCAAAUGAUAGUGCAAGACUUCUGGUAAAUAUCACUGAUCUGAAUAUCACUGUGAAUAUCAUGUUAAUCCAGUUUUUUUAUAUUUAACAAAGUUGAGUAAUUAAAUGUUAAGAUGUGUAUAUAUAUAUUUCUGUGACUUCUAUUGGGGACCCAACUUUUUUCACGUAUUAUGGGUAUUUCAUAACCUGCUUUGGGCUAAAAAAUAUUGCAAUUAUUUAAUUUAUGAACUGUAAACUAGUGUAUAAGGUGUGGAACUGUAUAAUUAUACAUCAUAACAACAGACAGAAGACUGUCAGGUACUUUUAUCAUGUUGUACUAUGUUUUUGUAGAUGUGCUUAUCAGUAAAAUUAGCAGAGAUAAGAUAAGGGUGUAAAUGAAAUCUCCAGACAUUUCUAGAAAGCAGUUGAAUACCUCUGGAUGUUUCUCCUGCAUGCUUUUAAACAUUUAGUACAUAUGCUAUACCUGCCUGUUGCAUCUCAACUCUUUGUACACCAAUACUUUUCACUAUAGGAUUAGCUUUUGGUUUUCCAUCUGAUGAUCUUGGUUUCCAGCACUACUUUGACAUGGUAAAUGUAAUAAAACGUUUUGAACCCUUGUAA